CUCCACGCACCUAUCCCAUAUCCUUAUUUAUUCCUUACAAUCGACAAGCUUCCGUUGCUCAAUGAUUCAUCAUCGUUCCGGUUGCUCUCAAGCUGAAAGCCCGCCCAUCUCUGUAAACAAACACAGAAGUCCUCUGCCGCGCGCACCUCCCGCGGCUCUCUGUCUACUGCAGCUUUCAGGCCCGGCGUCCGUAGCUGGCCGUCUGCUAGGCCCCAAACUUUAAAUCUUCAACUCAGUAAGUAUUGUUCAACUGCUCCCAAACUUUAAACUUCUUAGGCUUCAAACUUCAAUUUAUGUCUUCAAUUAAAAUUACUUGUAUAUCAAUUUUCGUCAUCUGCUGUUUCACGUGCUUGCUGUGGUGCUGCCUAGCUGCUACAUGCCUACAUUACUUUUUACUUUGUAAUUUUAGUCAUUGGUUUAUUUUUAAUACUCAUGAAAAAUUAUUUUCUGUGUGUCAUACCUUAAUUAACCUGAAAUCUCUGACUUCAUCUUCAUCACCAUUGAGAAUCGUUUUGGUUACAUUAAAAAUGCUUGAUACAUAAAACAGAACCCGGGGAAACAGAUUUUAAUGUGAAUUUAAGGAAUUCAAAUUUGCUUAUCAUCAUAAUCAUGUCAUGGAUGUGCAAUAACUAAUAAAUUUUACCUUAUAUUUCUUGGCACUACAACACUAUAAAAUGAUGAUGAUUGGUGCAGGGUCAUUCUCUUUGUAUGUCAAGAACUGUUGUAGGCUUGUAGCAGGAUCCCCCAUAGUGUGCAGGAAACUACAUUUCUUCUAGAAAAUAAUGAAAGUCCAUAUCAGCAAAAUAAAUCUCCAUUAACAUUAAUGAUCGUUCGUUUUCUAUCACUGUUUUAGGACUUUUUUGCACAGAAGUUUGUCAAUGAUAUCAGGAUUAAUAUUGUUGGGCAGAGUGGUUCUCACAUAAAGAACUGGUUUGUAUAAGUUUUUGGAAAUAUCUAUUUCUGCUUUUUCAUGUAUUAGUUCUUCUGCUUGAAGAGAAUCAGACAAAGUGAGGUUGAAUGUAAUCGAGGAUUCAAUAUUAAAUACUUCAAAAGCUUCUGUCUUGUUGAAGAACUCGAGCUUAAAAAAAAUUUAGGUGUUUUGAAAGACAUGUAGUUUCCUUCACAACAUUUUUUUAUAGCUUAUACAUGGCCUUCUUUGAACAAAGGAAGAAACUUUACCAUGAACAUCUGAGGCACUUGGGCAGGAUUUUUAUCCCCUUUGGAGUGAAAAACAAUGAGUUAGAAUUGUAAUAAAGGUAGAUUCUAAGAUUAAAAACUUGACAGCAAUAUUCCUCUUCAUCUUGAAAUAUGCAUUCAAGGGAUUCUUGAAAUAGUACACUCUUACAGCUCUAACCAUGAAUGCCCAUUCAUUCUUUUUUUGGUUUUAGUCUUUUACCAAUUACCAACGACCACAUGCCCAACAUUUUUGCAGAAAGAUGUUUGUAAGCUGAGAAAAACACUAAAAUCAAUAAGAAUCGUUUGAUUUAGGAGAACUAUGAAUUAUGGGUCAUCUUUUUAUAGCAAACUGAACAAAUAUGCAUGCGUGAGAUAAGAAUUGCCCAAUAUUUUAAUAAGUGCUACCUCCGUCCCACAUAAAAGUUUUCAUCCAUUAUUCUCCAAUCAACUUAAAGUGCUCUUAAUUUUGUACUUUAUAUAUCCAACUUUUAUCAAAUUUGAGUUUUUUUUUGUGAUUUUAUAAAACUUUUUAUGUAGUUUUUUAAAUAUGUAAUUUUUAUUUACUUAAAAUGACUUUAUCGUUGACAGGGGUCAAUUAAUAAUUAAUUUUACGAUCAUUCAAACGUCCUAAACUGAACGGGAUCAUUUACCCGGGACGGAUGGAGUACCUUUUUGUUUGCGAAUUGACAUCAUGACAUGUAGCCUAGCCUUUUACAAAACAGUGAAUUACAAUUUGUACAUUUAAAUCUAUAAUGUUGCAAUUAAAUAAAUUCACAAAUAGUGAAAACAUUAAUUGUUUUGGUGUUGGUGUAUGGGGGAGCACACAAAUGUGAUUUAAUUCAAUUAUUUAAUAUAUAAGUGUGUGUUCAGGCCAUAGAAAUAACACAGGUACAUAGGUGGAGCCUGCUGCAAUCACAGAGGGGAGUACGACAAAAUCUUAUAUUGAGGAAGCCCAUCAUAUAAUAUACUCCGUGUUACUGUAAUUUUACUCGAUGGUUCUGGUUUGAAGAGGCUGUUUGAUUUACUAUUUAGUCUAUGUAAAUACUACCUAUAUAAGUGUGUAUAGGAAUGGUGGAAUGUAUUAGGGUCCACAGAUAAGGUGUGAGAUAUUUUGAGCGGGAGUACUAUUCCUCAAACCUUUUCUUGUUAGAUACUCCGUAUUAAAUAGAUUAAUAUUGAUGGGUAACAUUAACUGCACAAUUGUCUCAUUACAUAUAUUACAAUUUUAGUUUUUUGUGCUCAAUUUUGUACAUUAAGAUAUCCUUCGUAUUAAGAAGAAAGAGAAUGGAGUCCUCUUGCAGCAAUGGAAGUUCCAUUUUGAAACCUACUGAGAACAAAAAAACUGGAGAAGAGAGCUUUUCGGAUUCUAGCUCUACCAAUGUUAAGGUGAAGCGCAAAAGAACAACAAUAAGCAGAGCCCACAUACACGAGUUUAAGGUAUAUGAUGAUAAGCUUCGUGAAUUUGACUUCAACCGCCAAGAAGUUGAUAUACUUCUAAAAUCUAUAGCUUCAUGGAUUGACGGUAAAAUGCCAUGCCUAAAAGGGGUUGUCUCUUGUGCAUUUACUCAUAGUGCAUUUACUAAUGUUGAAUGUCUAGCUAUGGGAGAAUAUAUGCAAAGAUGCCCUUUCCGUCCUACAUUUUCCCAGUUAGAAUGUGUACCCAUUGCAAUGUUGCUGAAAGCUCAUGCAUCAGUCAUCUUACACCCGGCUGAGAUUUUCUUUAUUUUGAAUCAUCUGCAUUGUUCUUUGGACGACUUUUGCAUGACCUUGAUAUCAACAAAAGAAGAGGUGAAGUUUGACUACAAGACUGGAAGCCUUGAGCCGAAGCCGGAUGAUAGUGCCACAAGUCAGAUGGUUGUCCAAGGCAUAAGAAAGAUCUAUGGAGUUGUCUUCGACAAAUUUGAGCUGCUACGUUUUAUAUAUAGACCGACUUACGAGAAGUAUUUUGAAUCCCACAUUUACAACACGUAUGAUGUGGCCUCAUAACUCUACUGUUUGGGAUUCAUAACGUAUAUAUAACCGGAACCGGCCCGGCCCGGCCCGGGUCCAUCCCCACAUUUCAGCUGCCA